AUGUACGCUAAGUUGAUCGUCGCCGUUUGCAUUGUGGGGGUUGCCCACGGUGGAUACUUGUCCUACGGCAGCCACAGCAUCGCACCUUCCCUGGCCUACUCUGGUGCCAUUCGAUCAUACUCUUAUCCGAUUACCGUCACACGUUCACGAUAUGUCGCUCCUAUUUCAUCCUACGGUCGGAGCUACUCUACCGGAAUCUCCUCAUACGCUUCACAUGGAUACACAGGCUAUGGAACAGGUCCAGUCAUCAGAUCCUACUCAGCUCCCGUGUCCCACCUUUCGUAUAGCGCCCACGGCUCUAACUAUGGCUGGUAA